AUGGUUCUAAUUCUGAUCCUAACCAUCCUUGUGAGCUCCACAAUCUCUACAGCCACCUCUCGUCGAAAUGGCGCGGCCGAAUCGUCGUCAAUCAUAGCGAAGCACGAGCAAUGGAUGGCUACAUAUGGCCAUGUUUACGCAGACGAAUCCGAGAAACAGAUAAGGUUCGAGAUCUUCAAGAAGAACUUAGAGUUCAUCGAGAACUUCAACAGAAACGGGAAUGCAACGUACAAGUUGGGCAUUAACCAGUUCUCUGAUAUGACCGACGAGGAAUUUCGUUCCACUUUCACGGGACUAAGACUGUCCGAUGAGAUCAUAAAUGGAACAUCUUUGCCGGGACCUGAUGAAACGAAUACGCUAAGGUAUGUGAAUGUGAGUGAAGCAGAUAAUCUUCCCGAGAACGUGGACUGGAGGACACAAGGGGCUGUGACCCCUGUCAAGAACCAGGGACAAUGCGGAGCUUGUUGGGCGUUCGCGGCUGUAGGGGCGGUGGAAGGACUGACAAAGAUCGCAACAGGCAAUCUCGUAUCUUUGUCCGAACAACAACUCGUAGACUGUGAUACAUAUCAGAAAGGUUGUCGAUCCGGAUUCCCGGAUAGAGCGUUGCAAUACAUAAUCAAGAACGGCAUUGCUUCCGAUAAAGACUACCCUUACAGCGCAUCGCAGCAAUCGUGCCGAUCUAACGUUCCACCCGCCGCAAGAAUCAGAUGGUACGUGGUCAUUCAGAACAACGAGAAGGAGCUGAUGAAGGUGGUGGCGAGACAACCGGUCGGAGUGAACAUAGAUCCGUCGUUUAGGGGUUACUCGAGCGGAGUGUACGAUGGGCCGUGCGGGACGACACUGAGCCACUCGGUCACGAUCGUAGGGUAUGGGACGAGCCAGACAGAGGGGAAGUAUUGGUUGGUGAAGAACUCGUGGGGGGAAGGAUGGGGCGAGAAAGGUUACAUGAAGAUCAGAAGAGACGUGGGCGCUCCUGAGGGUAAGUGUGGUUUGGCAAUAUAUGCAUUUUAUCCGACAACUGAAGUAGUUUAG